AUGAAGUUCGCCUUUGCAUUCGUCCUCGUCGCUUGUGCCCUGCUCGAUGUCGCCACUGCAGUUCCGGCUCCUCAGGCCGAGAAGCGCUUUGAAGCCAGUAGUGACAUGGAAGUACGGGCAUUUGGCGGGGAUGGUGUGGGUGCAGAGUCCGCUCUCGAGAAACGCGCUGGUGAUGCCGCCUAUGCUUCCCCCUACCUUGAAUCUGAUGACCUUGAUAAACGCGCACCCGGCGCGAAUGAUCUGGCUUCAGGUUCUCCGCUCGGAAGGCGCAACGGCGUGUUCGCCUAUACCGCCCCUUGA